AUGCUAGCCUAUUACCCUCCGCGGCAACACAUGCAUCAUCACUUUGCACAUCCCGACUUCGACACGUCAACGUCACUGUCGCAAACUCAAUUCUACGACACCAUCGCGCAACAACACUACAACUCUACCACCCACGACCUCAGCAACAGAUUGUUAGACGCUUGCUACGCUCAGACUCCGGCUAUUGAAAAUACAAUUCACGACUCGGGCGCAAACCAGUUUAUGUCGAGCGCUUACGAUCUCCAGAACCCGGCCAUCAGGAUCCAGCAGUCCACACCGGCACCUCAGUAUCCAUCGACUUACGCACACACUUCAUUUGUGCCGGACGCGAACGUGCAACAGUACUACUGGAACAUGUACAAUGCGAGCAGCGCGCAGAUGGCUACCGAACCGACACUGCAAACACACAGCAGAAGAUCGAGGAACCAUCAACGAGCUCCUUCGACCUCGUCGAUAGCAUCAAGCAGCAGCUCAGCCUCCCAGUACUCACACAGCCACGGCUACACUCACGAACCUGAGCGCUCGCCGUCGCAUCCGAAGGUCGAGUCAUUAAAGGGUGCUGACGAAGCAUCAAGAUCGUUCUCGAACCAUCUACCGACCCCUUCACACACUCCAACUCAGGACUCCUUUCUUUCCAGCCACAGACAACGACUGCAGAGCUGCAACAUGGAGUCCGCUCAGUCGUCGCUACGGCAUGAGGCAGCGGACGAGGACGUGCCUGCCUUCACGCCAUCAGGCAAGGACUCAGUAUCAAGUUACGGGCAGACAUCCCCAUCGACACCACACACCACACAGGGCGAUGAGUAUGAUGACCGAUUCAAGGUGCCUUCAACGGGUGAGAUUAUCUCCAGCUCGAUCGAGACCUGGAUAAGCGAUUACUUACUUUUCGAUGAUGAUGCAGACAUGACCAGACAAAGCAUGCCGAUCAAACUUGAUCGGACAAUGUCCGACAUCUAUCAAGAUGAGCUUUACAACCCGGCGAAUGCUGCAGCGCUCGCGGUGCAAGUACCAUCGCGGCCCAUCAACGCCAACCUCUUGACACCAUACCGCAACACCAUGGUACACAAUCGCUUGCAGGCAGCGGACGCUGCCCGCUCUCAGUCACCAGCCAGUGCGAUAUCACGAGAGGUUUCACCGUUCCGGUUUGGCUCUCAGCACGACCCAGGCCACGCAUCUUCACCGCGACCCAGGCUAGCUACUGCCUCGCAAGCGCGAGAGCAGCAGAAGGCCGAGGCCGAUGCUUAUGCGGCUCGACAACUAUCAGAGCCGCUACCUGAGGAGCCGCCCAAGACUAUCUCACCUAAGGAAGCAAUGCUCGACUACCACGAGACCGAGGAAGAUGCGAAGAUGCCGCUUUUCCCCGAUGGUGGGUCCGGCGAGUAUGGCCAGCAGUACAACGGUGGCAAUAACAUUAGUCAUUACGACAACUCCUCCGAAGCCAGCUAUGGCCAUGUCGCCACCGCUCAGAACGGUACCUGGCAGGCACCACAGCGGACGAGCCCGGCCUUCCCCAACGCAUCAGUUCCUCAGUCCAACUUCACCUUUGCGACACCUUCCCUACCUAUGGCACUGCCAUUCGACAACCCGCAAUACCGUCCUGCUACUAUCAUCUCUUCCGGGCCUGAGCCCACGCCGGAGUUCCCCGCUCACCUGACUUCGAUGGAGUCGAGCGCUAGCGAAGCUCCUGACUCCAACCCAUCUAGCCAGCAGGAGGCACCGAUGCAGAAGCCCGCUGGCGCCACUGCCGACUCCGGUACCUACACAUGUACGUACCACGGCUGCACGCUUCGCUUCGAGACACCACAGAAGCUGCAGAAGCACAAGCGCGACGGCCAUCGUCAGACCGUUCAGCCAACGCCGAUCACACCAGGCAUUGGCAGCGGCAUGACGUCGGCGGCCCUCAUGGCUCGCAACUCGCAAGCCGGGCCGCACAAGUGCGAGCGCAUCAACCCAACCACCGGCAAGCCUUGCAACACCAUUUUCUCCCGGCCGUACGACCUGACCCGGCAUGAGGACACCAUUCACAACAACCGCAAGAUGAAGGUCCGGUGCGCGCUCUGCGUUGAGGAGAAGACAUUCUCGCGUAACGACGCACUGACCCGUCACAUGAGGGUCGUGCAUCCAGAGAUUGACUUUCCGGGUAAGAACCGCCGGCGGGGUGGCAGUGAACACUAG